AUGGUUAUUGUGGAGUACCGUAUUCCCAUGCCAAUGUCAGCCAGCCAGUACAGAAUAGGACAGCUUUACAUGAUACAAAGCACAAGCAAAGACAGUUCAGUCGAAAUAAUCAAAAACGAACCCUAUUCCGACGGCUGGCUCAAGUAUUUGGUCCCCAAAUCUCUGUAUGUCGAGGAGGAGGCCUGGAAUGCGUACCCCUACACUAAAACGGUCUACAAAUGUCCCUUUCUGUCCAAAUUUUCCCUCCAUAUCGAAAGCCACUACUUGGACAACGACUUGGGGACCACUGAGAAUAUAUUUGGAUUGUCUGAGGAAGAGAAACUCAACUCGAGGACCGAAUUGGUGGAUAUUUGUGACAGAAAAGUGCGGGACUACCACAAGGAGGAGGAUCCCCUCCAUUUCACAUCUCCACACAACCAAGUGACCCCUCUGAGAGAGGAUUGGCUUAAAAACGUGGAUCCCAGCCCAGGGAUGUGUGCCUAUAAACUAUGUCGAGUCAAUUUUGAUUAUUCGCUGAUUCGUGGACGGGCAGAGAAUUAUAUUCAGGCAUAUGGUGGGGUGAGGGGGUUACUGCUAGGUGUCAGGGAGACUAUUCUGCGGGCACAUCGACAGGCCUGGUGUUGGCAGGACGAGUAUCGGGGGCUGACUAUUGAGGAUAUUCGUGAUUUGGAGGAGACUGCUCAAAAGUCGUUGGCUGAGAGGAAAUUUGAUUAG